AUGCCGGCCAUGUUCGGAAAGGUUUUAAAACGCGGUGUGAGUGCAGCGACUGUGGCGUUGCUCUGUGUCGUACCGAGCACUGGGUCGGUCAACCGUCGUGCUAACACCAGAUUUCACACUGAUCAAGAGUUACCAAAGCCGUGUGAAGCGCCCGAGCAGCUUCUUCCGAGUACAAGACAAAACUCGCGGCUACUCGAGCAAACAUCGUUCACAGCCCAGACUUUGAGUCGGGGUGCGUCCGUGUGCUCAAAGGAAAUGGAGCCCGCUCACCGCGUCGGAGAAACGGGUUAUUCGUCCUUUUCUCCAAGUGGACCGUGCCCCGGACAACAAUGGUGA